GACUGCGUCAGGCUGGGAGCUGCAAGCAAGAUGGCGGCGUCCGUGCGGGAGAAGCAGAUCGCCGCUCUAAAACGAAUGUUAAACUUCAAUGUCAUUCCUGUUAAAAACAGCACCACGGAACCAGUAUGGAAGAUUCUGAUUUACGACCGAUUUGGUCAGGACAUCAUUUCACCGUUGCUGUCUGUGAAAGAGUUGAGAGACAUGGGCAUUACUUUGCACCUGCUAUUGCACUCUGACAGAGAUCCUAUUCCAGAUGUUCCAGCAAUUUAUUUUGUAAUGCCAACAGAAGAAAAUGUUGACAGAGUAUGCCAGGAUCUUCGGAAUCAACUUUAUGAGUCAUAUUACUUAAACUUCAUCUCAGCAAUUUCAAGAAGUAAACUUGAAGACAUUGCGAGUGCAGCUCUGAGUACAAACGCAGUAGCCCAAGUUGCCAAGUUAUUUGAUCAGUAUUUAAACUUUAUCACUUUGGAAGAUGACAUGUUCGUAUUGUGCAAUCAGAACAAGGAACUCAUCUCAUAUCAUGCAAUCAAUCGACCGGAUAUCACUGAUACGGAAAUGGAAAUAAUUAUGGACACUCUGGUGGAUAGCCUUUUCUGCUUUUUUGUUACGAUGGGUGCUGUUCCAAUUAUACGAUGCUCUCGAGGAAAUGCAGCUGACAUGGUAGCAGUGAAAUUGGAUAAGAAACUGCGAGAAAAUCUACGAGAUGCCAGAAAUAGUCUCUUCACAGGUGAUAGUCUUGGUGGAGGACAAUUCAGUUUCCAAAGACCAUUAUUAGUCCUUGUGGACAGAAAUAUAGAUUUAGCAACUCCAUUACAUCAUACUUGGACAUACCAAGCCCUGGUUCAUGAUGUGCUGGAUUUUCAUUUGAAUAGAGUGAACUUGGAAGAAACUCCAGGAAUAGAAAAUUCUUCUGCAGGGGCAAGACCAAAGAAAAAAACUAAAAGAACUUAUGACUUAACAGCUGCUGAUAAUUUUUGGCAAAGGCACAAAGGCAGUCCCUUUCCAGAGGUAGCCGAAUCAGUCCAACAAGAACUAGAUUCUUACAGGGCACAAGAGGAUGAAGUCAAACACUUAAAGAGCAUCAUGGGACUGGAGGGAGAGGAUGAUGGUGCUAUUAGCAUGCUUUCUGAUAACACUGCAAAACUUACAUCUGCAGUAAGCUCUCUCCCUGAACUGCUGCAGAAGAAAAGACUUAUUGAUCUUCAUACAAACGUGGCAACAGCUGUCUUGGAACAUAUUAAGGCUCGAAAGCUGGAUGUCUAUUUUGAAUAUGAGGAAAAGUUGAUGAGCAAGUCCACACUGGACAAAUCACUACUGGAUAUGAUAUCUGAUCCUGAUGGAGGUACCCCUGAAGAUAAAAUGAGGUUGUUUAUCAUUUACUACAUCACUGCACCACAACCACCUUCAGAGGUUGACCUAGAGCAAUAUAAAAAGGCACUGACUGACGCUGGAUGCAAUUUGGCUCCUUUAAAUUACAUCAAACGAUGGAAAGCAUUUACCAAAAUGGCAUCAACUCCUGCUAACUUCGGAGGCAGUGGACCAAAACCAACAAGCUUGCUCUCACGUGUAAUGAAUACUGGAUCACAGUUUGUGAUGGAGGGAGUUAAGAAUUUUGUGCUGAAGCAGCAAAAUCUGCCAGUGACUCGUAUCUUGGAUAACUUAAUAGAGAUGAAAUCGAAUCCUGAAACCGAUGAUUACAGAUACUUUGAUCCAAAAAUGCUUCGUGGCAGUGAGAGCUCUGUUCCAAGAAACAAAAAUCCAUUCCAAGAGGCUAUUGUCUUUGUUGUUGGUGGUGGAAAUUAUAUUGAAUAUCAAAACCUUGUUGAUUACACAAAGAAUAAACCAGGUAAACAUGUAUUAUAUGGCUGCAGUGAGCUCUUCAACGCUGGUCAGUUCCUGAAGCAGCUAUCACAACUUGGGUCUCAGAGUUAAGACACACCAUUGUACUCUCUAUACAUCUUCGUUGAAAGGUGGGGAGAAUACAGAAGGCAAAUUUUAAUACAGCAAUGUCAUGUCACACUUUAUUUACAUUAUUAUUUUUGCUUCUUUACAAUCUUGUAAUUCCACUUAUUUGAUAAUUCUUGAUGCAAUUGGAUGUGAUUUCUGUCAUUUUUAAUACCAAACUGUAUAUCAUGUAAUUGUGCAAAUAGUUGAAAUAAAUUUGA